CAAAUUUUCAAACACCGGAAACACUUUCUUCUCUAAAGUAUAUAUGUUACAAUCAAUUAACAUGAAGUCCCUGGUAUAAUGUUUUCUUUCCAUGAUCAAAUAUAUUCCUAUUCUUACCUGAACAAAUAAGUAUUUUUUUUAUCUAGAUAAGUAAAAAUAAAGAAAUCACUAUGACAACAGACGGCAACACAACCCAUAGAAACGAGAGCAGCUACAACAUGACAACAGCGUCACCAAACCUUGUCACAGCUUUAACAGGGGUGUACGAAAAACACGUCAUCAUAUUGAUAUUUAUCAGCAUCCUCAUUGUUGUUGUCAACGGUUUGUUAAUUGUCGCAUUCAGCAUCGAAAAGAAAUUACGGCGACGUCCAGCAAACGUCCUAAUAUGCAGUCAAGCCGUGACAGAUUUAUUGACCGGGAUUGUGUUCAUUCCGGUGUUUUUAGUUGAAUCAUACCAUGGAAAGAUGACCGGAAUUUUAUUCAUGACAUGUUACAUCUUAUUUUUGUCGCUAUUUAACCUGCUAGCGUUGUCAACAGAUCGAUACCUGGCUUUAUCGAAACCGCUUCUCCACCAUCGCAUGAUCGACGUACGGCGCACUGUGAAAGUCAUCAUUUUUAUAUGGGUCAUACCGCUAGCCUUAACGUCCAUCCCUUUAACCUGGUGGUUUAAACCUGCAGAGUUCAAGCAAUACGCUAGCAAAAUAUAUCUGUCAAUCACGUGGUUAUUUAUGUUGGUACUUGUGGUUGUCAUGACGAUACUCUAUUUGUUUGUUACUCGUAAAGCGAAACGCACGAUACGAUAUAAGCGGGAGUCCAUAGCGCAGCGGUCACGCGAAAAGAUGGCAUCGCUUGCUCACAAAGAACUUCGUGUAGUGCAUUUAUUCGGCCUUCUGUUGUUUUUCUUUGUUGCUGCUUAUCUACCCAUACUUUAUAUGAACUUUUGUGACCUGCUGGGGAAACCGGAAUACAUUCCGAGAGAAUUGGAAAUAAUCGGAUUUUAUUUUUUGUUUUUUAAUAGCGUUGUGAAUCCAUUGUUAUGCAUUUGCCUAAAGAAAGACUAUUUUGAAGUGGUCGCACAAAUUGCACGUAUUAAAAGAAAAAGUCACUUAAGAUCAAGUUUAAAUUCUUCGACAACACGAACACGACUUCACACAGAUUACGAAGACGCUGAAUACGGCGACGGCAAUACAGAAUUGAGAAGAAGUCUGCUUGAUUCGAACGGAGCUCGAAAUAAAUUAAAAAGACCAAGCACCGAAACGAUAGACAUGAGAGUGAAACUCAAUCAUCAAAAUGGAAAACACAACAACAUCAACACGAGUCUGUUGUAAACAUUUAUACAAAUAUUUAUCAGCUAACAUUACAGUCGGACGGUACAAAUCUGUAAAUACGAAGGAAGUUAAAAAAGUACGCUAACC